AAAGUUGUACAUCGAUAAAAGUUAUGACGUUAGCAUAUGCCAAGAUGUCAACGAAAACAAUCAAAGUUUUCAAAUUCUUUUUGACGAAUUUAAACCGAUAUAUAAUGCAAACACGCGAGUUCAAGCCACCUAAGCCAGAACCUUCUAUAUAUCCCUCUUUUUUCUUCAUUUUCCCAUCAUUUUCAACCCAUUUCCAUUUCCACUUAUCUCAACCUUUAUCUCUUCACCUACAAAACCCUCUUUCUCCCAAUUCAAUCUUUCAUACUUUUCCCAACCAAAAUAACAUGAAAGAUAAACAGGUAACAAGCUUAGAUAGUAAAACCGAUCAUUCAUCACUUAACAUGGCAAAAGAGCACCCUAAUCUCCCAUUCUCCCCGGACCAAAACCCGGCGAACCGGCGAACCAAGCUCGGAGUCCUCUUCCACACCUCCGAACCCACCAUUUCACCAUUGUAUGAUCAAUACCAAGCGGCCGGUUCGAGCUCACAUGACCCAACUCCAUCCAUCUCUCCAUACUCAUCUCCUGCUAACUACUAUAUGUCCCCGUCCCCGUUCCACCAAACGUCGCCGUUUUCAAAGUCCCCAUGGAACUUCACUUUCCAAAACUCUCCUCUCAUUGGAAGCGUUCAAAAUAACCGGCUGAUUGGGUCGUUAACACGAGAAGAAGGACAUGUUUAUUCUCUAGCUUCAUAUGGAAACUUAUUAUACACGGGUUCGGAUUCAAGAAAUAUUAGGGUUUGGAAGAAUUUAACCGAGUUUUCGGGGUUUAAAUCGAGUAGCGGGUUGGUUAAAGCCAUUGUUGUCGCGGGUGAGCGGGUGUUUACGGGUCAUCAAGACGGGAAAAUUCGGGUGUGGAAGUAUUCGGAUUCGAAGAAGGUUCAUAAACGGGUUGGGAGUUUACCUACGACUAAAGAUUUUAUCAAAUGUUCCAUGAAUCCGAAUAACUACGUGGAAGUACGACGUCAUCGCAACAUUCCGUGGAUUAAGCAUUACGACGUCGUUUCAUGCAUGAGUUUGGAUGAAAACCGCGGGUUGUUAUAUUCGGGCUCGUGGGAUAAGACGUUGAGGGUUUGGAGACUUUCGGAUUCGAAAUGUUUGGAAUCGGUUAACGCCCAUGAUGACGCGAUUAACGCGGUGGUGGUUGGUUUUGACGGUUUGGUUUUUACCGGUUCGGCUGACGGGUCGGUUAAGGUGUGGAGGAGGGAGUUGGUGGGGAAGGAUACGAAGCAUAUGUUGGUUUAUACCUUGUUAAAUCAAGAAACGGCUGUGACGUCCGUGGCGGUGAAUGCCACGGACGGUGUGGUGUACGCGGGGUCUUCGGACGGGUUGGUGAACUUUUGGGAACGGCGGAAGCACGAGUUGGGUCAUGGUGGGGUUAUGAGAGGGCAUAAACAAGCGGUGCUUUGUCUAGCUGCCGCUGGGAAGUUGGUGUUUAGUGGGUCAGCGGAUAAAAGUAUUUGUGUGUGGCGGUGGGAGGCAGGCGGUGUCCAUUCCUGCCUCUCGGUUUUGACCGGACACAGUGGUCCGGUCAAAUGUUUAGCAGUUCAGGAGCAUGUGGACGACGACAGUGGUGGUGGGGAUGGAGGAUGGGUAGUGUAUAGUGGUAGUUUAGACAAGUCAGUGAAGCUAUGGCGGGUGUCGUGAGAUGGCGGGAAUUGUGUUUGUGGGGCCCGCUAAGAACUGGCGGCGAAGGAUUGGUUGAAGAUGGAGGCAUGUGGGUCCCGUUUGUUGGUGACGAAGAUUGAUGACCAGCUUUCGCAUAGAGAGUCCAAGUUUUUGAAAUUUUGUGGAGGAUAUGAAUUGGAUUUGAAGUAUUCAAGUGAUGUGUAUAUAUGUGAUGGAUUGAUGUAGUGAUUGUAUAGGUUUAAGGAUAGCCAUACAUGGGUGAUAUGAGACGUAAAUUAUUUUAACAUAUGUAAAAAGUAGGGAUAUAUUAUUAACCACAACCUUACUUUCA